UUAGAGUUGUGAUCCUGUUAAUAUAUUGCUAAUUUAAAAUCAACGAAAUUCUGCUGAAAUCUCCUGGCAACUGAAAAUACAUUUGAUAGCUUAAUGAUUUGAAGUGGCAAAGUACUUUGUGACUUUAAAUAUUCAAACUCCACCCUCUAUGAGAUGCUUUGUGUCACACCCUACUGAAGCAGCUUGAUUUAAAUCAAGACGCCUUCAACAGCAUCUCAUUUCUACAAAUCUAAAACAGCAAGCAAAAAGAAUUUGCUAUUGCAGUAAUCUGCUCGAGCACUCUGGAUAAGAAGUCUCCGUUCAUCUGGAUCCACCAGAGUGACCUCAUGUGGCUCUAUCUCCUGUCCGUGGUUUUACUCCUUGCCUUUGGAUGGUUGAUCAGGGACCGUCAGAAGAUCGGCGAUGUCAAGGACAAGUACGUUCUCAUCACUGGAUGUGACUCGGGCUUCGGCAACCUUCUGGCAAAACGCCUGGACCACCAAGGUUUCUGCGUCCUUGCCAGCUGCCUGACCCAAAAAGGCGUGGACUCCAUGCACAGGAGCAACUCAUCCAGACUGAAGGCCGUCCUGCUCGACGUGACUGACCCCGUCAGCAUCCAGAAAACUGCCGACUGGGUCCAAGCCCAGGUGGGGGAGAAAGGUCUGUGGGGCUUGGUGAACAAUGCAGGCAGGGCCGUUCCCAUCGGCCCCACAGAAUGGAUGAAGAUGGAGGAUUAUCACGCAGUCCUGGGCGUGAACCUGCUGGGCUUGAUGGAGGUCACGCUCACCUUCCUCCCCUUGGUGAAGAAGGCCAGGGGCAGAGUCGUCAAUGUGGCCAGUGUCAUGGCGAGGAUAUCCUUUGCUGGCGGUGGCUACUGCCUCUCAAAGUGCGGAGUGGAGUCUUUCUCAGACAGUUUGAGACGCGACAUGCAGCAUUUUGGUGUUCAAGUCAGCAUCAUUGAGCCAGGAUUCUUCAGGACGGCUGUGACUAACCUGGAGUGCAUUGAGAAGGACUUGCACAGACUGUGGGACAGGCUGUCGCCUGAAGUCCGCGAGAGUUAUGGACAGAAAUACUUUGAAAAGUAUGUGCAGGUCCAGAGGUUUUCCAUGAAUGUGUUGUGCGAUAGCGACCUGUCCAAGGUCACGGACUGCAUGGAGCACGCUCUGACUGCCCGACACGCACGUACACGCUAUGCCGCCGGCUGGGAUGCCAAGCUCUUCUGGAUUCCGCUGUCCUACAUGCCCACCAUUCUCGCUGACUUCCUGCUCUCUGCCUUGUUGCCAAAGCCGUCCCAGAGUGUCCGAUAGAUUUAGUUUAGAGAUACAUCGCCAAAACAGGCCCUUCGGCCCACCGAGUCCGCGCUGACCAGCGAUCCCCGCACACUAACACUAUCCUACACACACACUAGGGACAAUUUACACUUACUGUAAACCAAGCCAAUUCACCUACAAACCUGCACGUCUUUGGAGUGUGGGAGGAAACCUGAGCACCCGGAAAAAACCCACACAGGUCACGGGGAGAACGUACAAACUCCACACAGACAGCACCCUUAGUUAGGAUGGAACCCGGGUCUCUGGCGCUGUUAAGGGCCUGUCCCACUUAGGAGACCUCCACAGCAACCUCUGGUGACCUUGCCCGCCACCCAUGGUCGCUGCAAGGUCACCACGAGAUCACACGAGGUUUUGGUCACUCUCCCUAAUGGUGGAAAGUGGUUUCCGCGUAGUCGAGGCUUCAUCUAGGUUGCUGCUUUUUUUUCAUCAUGAUUAAAACCGGCCUCGACUAAAAAUAGGUUUGGUCGAAGCCAGUGGAGUGGGGUCGCUAUUUACUUACAGGCAGUCGAAGGCCAUCUCCUUCGCUGAUCGGCCAUUUUGAUUGGCUCAUUGGAGUGUUACGACCUAGAAGACCCACCAGUAGGUAAAAUGCCCGCUAACUUUUUAAUACUUCUUAAAACUGACUCCACUCCUGCUUCCCCCACUUCUCUCGCCUUCUCCCCCGCUUCUCUCCCCCUUCUCUCUUCAUUCUCUCUCCCCUUCUCUCUCCUUGUCUCCCCUUCU